AUGGGGAAGAACGGACCUGCAGGAGGCAGUGGCAAGGACGUAGUGAUACCUGCGGAAGGCGGGAACGGGAACGCGUUGACUGCGGAAGACGGCAACAAAGACAUGGUGGUGGCUGAUAAGGGGAUGAUAUCGAGCUUGUCUCCCUUUUAUCUUCAUCCAUCUGAUGGGCCAGGAAACUUGAUAACGACGGUGCAACUCAAAGGAGAGAACUAUGAAGAUUGGGCUAAGCAUGUGCGGAAUGCCUUGCGCACCAAGAGAAAGUUAGGGUUCAUCGAUGGAACCUUGACAAAACCAGACUCGGAUGAAGAGAUAGAACAAUGGGAGGUUGUGAACUCCAUGCUUGUUGCGUGGAUUAUGAACACGAUUGAAUCAAACCUUAGGGUUUCAAUCUCAAUGGUGGAUGAAGCUUAUGAGCUAUGGGAAGAUUUGAAGCUCCAAUUCUCGGCCGGGAACGGACCGCGCGUUAGCGAGCUACGUGCGGAGAUAGCGAACUGUAGGCAACAAGGGGAUUCAGUGGUGGUCUACUUUGGGAAACUAAAGAAGAUGUGGGAUGAAUUGGCUAUAUACAAACCAAUACGGACAUGUUCGUGUGGUGAGAUUAAGGCCCUGUUGGAGGAGGAUCGUGAAGAGGAAAGGACCAACACUUUCUUAACUGGAUUGAACUCGGACAAAUUUGGAGUUGUUCGAUCAACAAUACAGAGUAUUGAGCCACUCCCAAAGUUGUCCCAAGUUUAUCAACGCAUUGUGCGUGAGGAUAGACAACAGACGAUGACGAGGCACAAUGAUGCUUCGACGGAGAUUGUUGGGUUCUCGGCAAAUGUUAACGCUGGAAACAAACCCUACUUUCAACAACGUGAGAAAGAUGUGACAUGCACACAUUGUGGGAAGUAUGGACAUGCACAGUCAGAUUGUUUCCAGCUCAAGGGUUAUCCAGAAUGGUGGGGAGAGCGAGGACGUGAUUUUGCUGAAAGAGGUAGAGGAGGAGGUGGUCGAGGAAGGUUCGGAAGAGGAGGUGGAGUUGCUGGCCGUUCAGGUGGUGGUAGAGGAGCCAUAACAAACUCCUCUGGACGUGGCUAUGCAGCACAAGUACAAAGCCAAGAAGGUGUGCAAGCGAACCUUGUGAGACAAUAA